AUGGCGUCCGGUGUGUCGUCUGCCACAACAAACCUAUUAAUUAAAGACAAUACGGUAAAGGUUAUACUUUCUGACAAUGUAAAACUGCUUGCUGCUGACGUUAUAAAAUUAGUUGAAGAUAAACUUGGUGACGAUAGCGUUCUUGCUAUUGUUCCUUGUAAUGGAUCAUAUGAUGUUACCGUCGUCAAUAAUAAAUUAGCUAGUGUUAUAGCACGAGAUGGUUUGCUCCAUGGCUCUGAAGGUCUUCAUUGUAAAUUGAUAGAUUCCAGAGUAAAAGUUGUGUCUUUCAUGCAUAUCCCUGUUUAUGUUUCCGACAAGGAUAUUGAAGUCAAAUUGAAAUCUUGGGGUGUGACCUCAUGUGGUCCUAUAAUCAGAAAAACUAAGGACUAUGAUGGUAAAAAGAAGUAUGAUGGUACGAGGUUUGUAAAGGUGGAAUUCCCCCCCACCGUCUGUAGUUUACCGUAUGCAACUGUUUUCGAUGGUCAGUCGUAUUCAGUGCGUCAUAAUGACCAGGAGAAG